AUGAAAGUUACUACAAAUGAUGGUAUUUACUAUCCAAGAUUAAUAAUGGAUAAUAGAAAAAUAACAGUUUAUUGGACAUUAUCGGGUUGUUUUACUCUUUUAGUUGUAUCAUUUUUUAUUUUUACGGUACAUUAUUUUUCAAAAGAUUGGAUUUCAAAUAAUAUUAAAUUGCCAAAUGGUACAAUUAUUGAAAUUCAAAAAGGAUUUUUUGACAAUUGUGCUAAAUUACAACAUGAGACUCGUUAUCAUUGUAUACCAGCAGAUGAGACACCAGAAUUUUUAAAUGGAACUGGUAUUGAAUUUUCAAAAAAUUCUAAUUAUGCUUUAUAUAUGGGACAUUAUUUGGGAAAAUCUAUUAUAUCAUUAACAUUCCUUUGCAUUAUAUGUAUGAUAUUUUUAUGUAGAGAAAGUGAUUUUAAUCAAAUAUCAAUAAGUCAAAGAAUAUAUUCAUAUUCAAUUAUAGGAAUAUUAUUUAUGUUUAUUUUAAUGUAUUUUUUACUCCUUAUAUCAUUAUUAUAUGAUAUAGCUUAUGUUGAUGAUAAAAAAUAUUCAGUACCUGGAAAAAUUGGUUUUGCUGUUAAAAUAAAUUUUAUAUCAUUUAUUAUUACAUUAUUAGUAUCAUUCAUUAUGCGUCACCUUAUAAUAGCUGCUUAUCAAGAGAUUUAUAAUAAAUUUAUUCACAAAACAAGCCAACAAAAUGAUUACACAUUAACUGAAGUUCAACCACAUACUUAA